GAACGUCUCUCACGGUCAAAUCCUUGGCUUCACUUCCGGUCGCCCUUAAUCCCUAACGCAGUUUGCGUUUUGCUCCUUCUCUCUCCCCAAUCGCAGAAGGCUGAACUCCUCCUGAUCUCCUAAUUCAACAUGGGUUCGCUGCUCUUCCCUCCUUCCGGCGGCACGCUUGACUCCCUGUCUUCUCCGAAUCAAACUGAAGUUGCUCUCGCCGUGUCUGAGGAUUUUGAACGGAGACAAACUGUAGAUGAGAUUGAGAAUGAAGAUAUGCCAGUUAAUGAUGUUGGGAAUGGCAGUGGAGGGAGACCUUGUGUCGGGAUGCAAUUUGCUACAGAUGAUGAUGCUUUUGGCUUUUACAAAGAUUAUGCUGAGAGAAUGGGAUUUGGCAUCCGGAAGGAAUCAGCCAAGAGAUCAAGGCCUGAUGAACCUAUUAGUAGAAGAUAUUUGGUUUGCUACAAGGCAGCUUACAGAAGAAAGGCUGAAAGGGCUAAGAAAGGUAUCUAUGAAAGUGAGGACGGUUGUCCGGCUCGAAUGGCUAUUCAUUUGAAGGAUGGAGUAUGGAUCAUCAAGCAAUUUUUUGAUGAGCAUAACCAUGAGAUGGUUUCCUCUCCAAAAAAAUCAAGAAAAUUAAGAAAAUUGUCAACUCAUAAUAAGCAGCAUGCCCUACCAUGUGCAAGGGAGUCAAUGGAUCAAAAUAGCAGUGCAAGAUGUGUUUUGUCAAAUAUUACCCCUCAGCAGUAUCGAGAACGCUCAAGAAGAAAAAGAGAGAGCAAUAUUAGCCGUGAGUGUAUCACUGUUAUGCAACGCUUUCUAGACACUGCUGCUUUGGAUGAUAGAUUCUACCACUCCAUUGAGCUUGAUGAAGAUGGUGUUUGUAGGAGUGUUUUUUGGGCAGACGGGAGAGCAAGGACAAUGUAUGAAAACUUUAGCGAUGUGGUGGUUUUUGAUGUCAGUUAUAAGACUCGUCAGUUCUGUCUCCCAUUUGCACCAUUUACUGGUGUGAAUCAUCAUGGACAGUCUGUACUCUUUGGAUGUGCUUUCUUAGCCGAUGAACAAGAAGAGACAUUUGUUUGGUUGUUUGAACGUUGGCUAUUUUGCAUGGGAGGAAAAGCUCCUGGAGCAAUCAUCACCGACCAAGACCCAACAAUUAUUAAUGCAAUUCAAAGAGUAUUCCCAAACACACGUCAUAGGUUUUGCAUCUGGCAUAUGUCUCUUCAUGAAGAUGAACACCUACGUCCAUUGCGAUCUUCCUAUAAUCCGGAUUUUGAUGAACAUUACUAUAGAUGGGUGAAGAGCAAAACCAUUGAAGAAGCUGAGGCUGCAUGGGUAACAUUGAAAGAUAAGUAUAAGAGGGAAUAUGAGGGGCCAUUAACUGAUAAGCAAUGUAAUGAGAUGAAGUCGUGGAGGUGGUUAGAAAGUAUGUAUGAGAAAAAAUAUAAUUGGAUUGAUGCAUAUUUAAAAGACACUUUUUUUGCUGGAUUGAGAUCAAGCCAAUGGAAUGAGGGGAUAAAUUCAUUUUUUGAUGGCUAUGUGAAUUCUUUGACUCCAGUACACCAAUUUGUUGAGCAGUAUUGGAAGGCUGUGCAAUGCCGUCGUGAUUUAGAAGAGAAUGAGGACUUAUGGACAAUGAGAUCGAAGCCUAAUUUCCAAGGCUUGCAUCCUUUAGAAUUUCAUGCUGCAAAAGUGUACACAAGGAAGAUUUUUACAAAUUUUCAGCUUGAGUUUAAAGAAGCCAGUUUCCAUUGUUCGCAUGAUGGGGUGAAUGUCAGUGAUGGAGUUACAACAUAUGAUGUUUCCUAUGAGGUGGAUGAUAAAGUUGACACACACACUGUACAAUGCGAGCCAGCUAAAUACCAAUUUAGAUGUACUUGUGGCAAGUUUGAGACUGCAGGAAUUCUGUGCAAGCAUAUCUUAUAUAUAAUGAAGCAGUGUUAUCGAUGGAAGUCAAUUCCUGAACACUAUAUCUUAGCUAGAUGGACUCUUGCUCAUAAACAUAGGAGUGACAACACUGGGAGUGCACCAAUCAACACAUCAAAAGAGAUUGAGGUAACCCCCCUCGAGGCAUGGAAUCUUCGAAAAGCCUUGAAUGAAGUGUACGAGAAAGCAAUUAAGCAUCGUGCUCUGUACAAUGCCACUGCUGUGGCGCUGCAGGAUUUAGUGAAGCAAUUAGAUAGCAUUGGAUAAUUUUAACUUUCUCUAUGUGCUCAAGUGGGAUAUAUGUAUUGAAACUGAUAUGUAAAGGCUUUUUUUUUUUCAGAGAUAGAGGCUUUUGCAUUUUUGCUAGCACUGGGAGAGGUUCUUUUCAU